GAUCAUGCAUGGAGGGCAGUUCAAAAUUAUUUUGAGAUUUGAGUACGAGUCCAGUCAUCUUCUUCCAGCACGUCGAAGAGAUAAUUUUGCUCUCUUUGAUUGUCACUUCCCUCUAUCUCCCUUGACUCUAGCUUCUGUGGCUGUACGGUGCUGGCUAGUUCCUUCUCUGCGUGUGUGUGUCGAGAGCACUGAAGUAAUGGCAGAAGUGGCUGUGUCUACACACAAUCGUGGCGUUCCCUUUAGUCGCGACCUAAGUCGAGAUUGUGACGUUGUCGAUGGAGAUCUGGCUGAGGCUGCAGUGAUCAAGGCUGCUAAUGAGCCAGGAGUGAUCAAUGUGAACGAAGAUAUUGCGGAGGCGACGGUAGAUAAUGCAUUUGCUAAGAACGUAUCGCAGCAGGAUGUCGUGCUAGCACUGGCCGACUCGUCUGAUGCGGACACGACAGAGCUGAUUGACCAGGAGCAUGACAUGACGUGGGUGUCUCUUGUUUGGCUCUAUAUUGUUGCGGUGUCAAGUGGCGCACUACAUUUUGCUGAAUACUUGGGAGAAAAACUAGCAGAUCUUUUUGGCAUCACCAGUCCUCGUUAUGGAUAUGUAAUGGAGGAGUGGGAUCGUAUCCAGCGACAACGAAAGCAAGAGGAGCAGGAGCAUGCUGAGGAGCAGUUAAAAUUUCAACAGGCUUUAGCAGAAAAGUCCUCUGCUAUUGAAGAUGGGACAGCAUCUGAACAGCUUGGUGCAGGUUCACAGCUGACUGUUGAAGUGUCUGAGGCGACAGGUGAUGUUGGCCGAGUGUCUCCAUCCAGUCCUCUCCUAUCAGGUUCAGCCACACCGCUGCAACUUGUGUUGAAUGAACGUCCAGAUCAGCCAUCAGGAUCGCCACAUUCUGAUCGCUCACCACACCUGGCCAAUGCAUCUAAUGGUGGUGUCUCUCGGUCUUCUUCCACUGGUAUUCCAGAAGCGUCUUCACCAAUGUUGGAGGAUGUUGAGCUCUAAAGUAAGAGAGGCAUUGUGAAAUGACUAGUAAGAUUGGGUUCUUACCAGCUACGUGCUACUGCCAAGUAGUUGCUAUGUCGGACUUGUUGGAUAGUGUGGUAAUGUAUAGCAGUCUGCCUGCGCACAUUGCUAGUAGAUUGUAGUAGUUACGGUGUGCGGUGUAGUUUCCGUAGGUAGGUGACCACUGCGAAUGCAUCCCAGCGGAGCAUGUCCUUGCGUUGUUGAACUGCCGACGUAUUUGACCCUGCACACACAUGCACGCGCAGACGCAGACACGCGCACAUGCAUGCAGCCCGUGUUUUCGCCGUACCAUGCAUACCAGCGUUCAGCAUGCUUGUGGCACGAACCAUGCAGUCCCACAGCGCCCGAGGUAUUUCUCCAAUAGUUUAUAUUGCCACCUCUCUCAGCCAUAUUUCAACACACUCGCUCACAGCUGUAUUCCGCUUUGCCAGUUGAUGAAAAAAAACAUGUCCAGGUUUGAUUUUAGGUAAGUUUAGUAGGGAUUUAUUACUCUUAGUAUAGUGUGUCGUGUUUUGUAUGUUCCUCGCCUUCAAGUAUUUUUCACAAGUUCCUAACGUUAUGUGCGAGAGGAGUUUUUAUCUCUACACAUCAUUUAUAUUGACUUGUAUAGUUCUAUUUCUACCCUGCGGGUCUGCUGGUUGUUAUCUUAGCAUCUAUGUUUUAUUACCAUUUAUUGCCAGCAGCUGUUGCAAGCAGUAUUUUAUAUUGGUGAAAGUACGCGGUCAUUGUCCAUGAAGUUGGAGGUAUUAUUAUUGA